AUGUACAAACUUAGAUCGACGCUCCCAGGCCACGAGCUGGACGUUAGAGGUAUCACGGCUGUGUCCAAUGAGAAAAUCGUCUCGGGUUCUCGUGAUGGAACCGCAAGAGCUUGGGACCUUUCAUUAACACUAGACACUAAUCCCAAUAACGAGAUAUGCUUCCUGUCCCCAACGGGCGCUUUUGUUAACGCUGUCAAGUUCAUAAGGAGUAAUAUUGUUGGAGACAUGGUUGCUGUCGGAGGAAAGGAUGCAAUAAUUUACCUUGCUGAACCUCACGCUUCUUUCGUUAAACCUGGUGACGAUUUCGGGAAGUAUCAAUUGAUCGGCCACCAAGGUAAUGUGUGUGCGUUGCAUUAUAGUGAUGAUGUGUUGAUAUCGAGCUCUUGGGAUUGCACCGCCAAAGUAUGGGAUUUGUCGUCCUGCUCGGUGAAAUAUGAUCUUGUUGGACAUUCAGCCUCGGUAUGGGAUGCUAAGAUCGUCGAUGCCGCCUCUGAUACUUUCCUCACUUGCUCUGCAGACCGCACAAUUCGUAAGUGGAAGGGUAGCAAAGAGGUGGCUCGUUUCACAGGCCACAAUGAUGUCGUGAGGAAGUUGUUGGUGUUGCCGUCAGGAAAAGAGUUCGUUUCUGCUUCUAACGAUUGUACCCUCAAAAUAUGGGACAUUGAAACUGGGAAUGUCUUGCAAACACUUCAUGGUCAUGACUCAUUCAUUUAUGAUAUAGCAAUUUUAUCGAAUGGUGACUUGGUAUCUACUGCUGAGGAUCGUACAGUGAGAAUCUGGCGUGAAGGCAAGACAAUCCAAGCAAUUACUCUUCCAUGCAUUUCAGUUUGGUGUGUGGACGUCUUGCCAAAUGAUGACAUAGCUGUUGGAGGCUCCAACAAGAUGGUCUAUGUCUUCACGGCCUCUGCAGACAGACAGGCCACUGCUGAUGGUAUUAAGCAAUUUACCUCCCAUGUCCAAAAUUCUACUAUUUCCGAGCAAUCAAUUGAUAACUUGAAGAAAACUGAUAUUCCCGGCUACGAUGCUCUUGAGCGUCCAGGAAAAGAAGAAGGAGCAACAAUAAUGGUGAAGAGCCCGGCAGGUGUGAUUGAAGCACACCAGUGGUCGGGUGGACAGUGGACUAAAAUUGGAGAUGUUGUUGGCUCUGCUGGAGGGUCUUCCAGUAAGAAAAGCUUUGAUGGCAAAGAAUGGGAUUAUGUGUUUGAUGUGGAUGUCGAGGAUGGAAAGCCUCCACUCAAAUUACCCUACAACGCGAAUGAGAACCCUUACACUGCAGCAGAAAGGUUCCUUGCUGACCACGACCUUCCAGCAUCUUACAAAGAUGAAGUAGUAAGGUUCAUUGAGCAAAAUACCGCAGGCAUUCUGUUGGACCAGACGACGGGGACCCCAGGCGACUCUUCCAAUUUGGCACCACUGGCGGCACCAGCUACAUCUCAAAAAAGAUACGGAGUCCUUCCCGAGAAGACGCCAAUUCUUUUUAAAGAGUUCAAUCCUGAGCUGUUGAUUAAGGGGUUCAACAAGUUUAAUGGCGAACAGGAAGACUCAACGGCCUUCGCUUCCCUGAUAGUGAGAAAUGUGGAGGAUGCGCUCCGUGAUCUAAAUUCAAAAAAUGCUAUCUUUCUCAUAACUAAAAUCAUCCCCAAAAUAUUAUCUAGUUGGAAGCCCACUCAAAAGCUAAUAGGCUUCGACCUAUUAAGAGCGAGUAUCCCCAGAGUUACUACUGUUGAUUUGAUUCAGUCCACAGAGGCGGCUGAGGAGGUUCUCAAGUUGCUCUUGAGCAGCCUUGACGAGGUGACUGAGGAAGAUCUCACGUUGAUCAUGAUGAUUGCUCGCGUGCUUUGCAACUUAACUACAAGCACAUUAUUUGUUCAGUUGUUCUUCGACGUCGACAACAACAAUCAAGUUUCCCUCAAUGAAUUUUACGAAGAUUUUACGAACAAGUUGAACGUUGUUGUGAAAAUUGUGACGUCGUCGGACGUUGCUUCAAGUCACAAGUUUUUCAAGAAUGCAGUGACGUCGAUCGCAUCCUUCUUAUACGAUCUCACAGCAUUGGCUCACAAUAAUUCGUCCCUCUCCAAAAACCCUACAGCUGCUGUUGCAUUCUACGCGAUUCUCGAUGAAAUUGCCGAGGAUUUGAUUCAUGCAGAUGAAGAGGCUGCGUACAGAGUUUGUGUUGCUUUGGGAAAUCUCUUGGUAUUAAAAGUUACAUCAAACAAGCCAUCUUGGUACGGCGCUUGUAAAAAAUUAUACAAUGGGGCAAGAUUCAAAGAUGUCUACAGUGAUAUCGACACCGCCUAG